UGCAGGGCGACCGUUGCACAGGAGUGCAUCUCCACCUACAACGAUCUGAAGCUCUCCAAGAAGUACAAGUUCAUCAUCUUCAAGCUCUCGGACGACCACAAGGAGAUCGUCGUCGAGGAGGCUUCCCCCGACAAGGACUGGGAGGUUUUCCGUGAGAAGCUCAUCAACGCCACCACAAAGAGCAAGUCUGGUCCCCGCUAUGCUGUCUAUGACUUCGAGUACAGCCUCGCUUCCGGCGAGGGCGAGCGAAACAAGAUCACCUUCAUCGCGUGGUCACCUGAUGAUGCUGGUGUCAUGGCUAAGAUGAUCUACGCCUCGUCCAAGGAAGCCCUCAAGCGCUCGCUCACCGGCAUCGCUACUGAGCUCCAGGCCAACGACCCCGACGACAUCGAAUAUGACACCGUUAUUAAGACCGUCAGCAAAGGCAUGGCCGGUUAA